AGGUUUGUGAAGCCCUUUUUCACUCUCUUGAGUGACAACUGAAAUACAGUAUCGGCAUGCUCUCGGGUCCAUAGAAAAUGUUUAAACUAUCAUAGAAAAAAAAAAAUCAAAAAUCCUCCCGUAGAUAAACUUUGGGGCCCACAUCACACCUGUACGAGGGGGUAUGAUGGGGAAAGUCUGGCGAACGCGGCUCACAGUAUUUGAAUGGGAUUAGCAGCCAAGACUUCGCAGACUUUCCCCUACCCCCUUCGUACUUGUGGUUUCCCUUGGUACAGGCACUCUGGCACCGAUAUGAUAUAUACCAGUCAAAAAUAAGUACCGGUAUGCUUCCCACGACGACAAAUGAGCGGGAGCGGACCCCGGCGUGGGAGCACGGGUAUCAUACGGUACAAGUACUAUCGGUAGCGCAGUACAGAUGCCGGUACGAGAACAGUACUCGUACAGUACCAGCUCUACCGGUACUCUGGCUGCAGAGUUGGAGUUCGCAAUUCCUAUACGGAGAGCUUUGGGCAGCCCCAACCUGCCCGGGCUACGAGCUGCAGAGUGCUCAAACAAGGGGAGAGAAGAGAAGACGGGAGCUUGUUAUGUUCUGAUCCAUCACCCUUUCAAUCUCGCGAAUCCGCAGAGCCGAGUUUGUUGAAGACGGAAAGAUCUAGGAUGCGCGGUGCUUGUGCGGUAUGUGCACGAUAGGGUGGUUCAGGGGUUGGAGGGUAUUCUCGUCGUGAGGUGAGGAUUGGUGAAUGAACCAGCCGUCUGGGGAUGGUGAUGUGGAGCAGCACUGUGUUCAGAGCCAAGUUUGGUGCGAGCGAUUGGGCGCAAGGAAGCAAGCGGUUCCCAACAGGAACGUCUCGGCUGCCUACGUCGUAUUGUUGUGGCUGGCAUGUCUGGCCAUAUCUGCGCAUUAUCGUGUCUCGUUUUCGUGUGGUGCUCGAGUCUGUUGUGCUCCAGCGCGGUGCCGAGUCGAAACCACACGGAACUUGGUCAAUUGCACACACGGGAACCAUAAUCCUGUCUCAUGAUCCAGUGCAAUCUCUGCUCGAAUACCGUACUGUACCAGUAGUCUCGCUGACUGGCGCUCUGGUGUGUUGGUUGGGGCAAUCGCGGUGACGAUCCAAGCGUUCCGCUUUUGUUAGGGCUUCUGGCUUUUUGUGCCCCUUCCUCUGGAGGACCGUCUUCCUCACUCUUCCCCUGAUCCUUCCUCUCCUUGCCUGGCUGCGAAAACGCUCCUCACCCCAAACAGGCCAUUCUCCGUCUGCAUUCACUCUUUCCCUCUUCCCAACCAUCGGGCUUCUCACCAUCUCCAGCGACGCAUUGGGUCGACCACACAAUUGCUUGCUGCGUCGCUCCUUUUUUUUUUUUUUUCUUCUAGUGUAUUUUCUUUCUUUUUUCCUUUUCUCUUGUCUUGAUUCAGGGCCGUAAAAGCUUACCCUUUCUCAUCAAGCUUGUUUUUUUUGUGGAAUCUUCUCUGUUGCCUUCGCCCCCGCAUACGGUAUCUGUUCGUCAUCGCCGUGUCCAAAUCCCCUCAGAGUUUGCUCGCUCGAGAUCCGGGCUGUGCCUGUUUUGCUAGCGUCCACUUGGUUGAGCUCCUCCUUGCGUGUUGGUGCUACCAUCUCGUCCGUCGGUAGCCAGUUAGCGAGGCCCUGUCAUACUCCGUAUGCAGAAGCUUGGUAAAUAAACCCGUGACUCCCAGCCUCCCACUCUCUGCUGCCACAAUCACGGUGUUUUCUUUUCCUACCCUUCUCCCUUAAAGUCGUCAAUUCUGGUCAACAGGGAGUAGGUUGUGGGAACUUAUAGUAAUCGCCUCUCCGAUAUCUGGCAGUCCUCUCUCUCUGUGAUUGUUGUCUAAUUGGUAAGUUUGCUACUGCUUUCUUGUUUUGGUGCAACCGUCCCCGUUUGUUGCGAGUACUAGAGUGUCGGUGUGUUCCCUGCUAAUGACAAACCAAGGCGACUUCAACUUUAACUGAAGAUGGAGGCAAUUCACGCCCUCCUCAGGCGUGAUAACGCUACCGAUCCCAACAAUGAUCCAAACAUUGGAUCUGCGCGUGGGACUUCCACCUCCGCCUUUCUUUCCACGCUCGUCGUCAACCUCUUGAUUUUCGCCGUCCUCGUUACCCUCUUCGUUCUGCUUCGUCGUUCUAACAAGAGAAUUUACGCGCCAAGAACUUAUGUAGGGGGUCCCACCCCUUGAUUAUUAUGAUGCUAUGACGUGCAUUUCUUCCUGAUAACUUGCAAUUCAGGUUGGCGUUGUUGAGAAAUGGAGGAAGCUGCAUAUCUCCAGUGACGGCGGAAUCGUGGACGAGGUCGAAGGCGUUUCCGGAUUUUCAAGCUUAGUUGGAUGGAUCGGUGGUGUUUGGAAGAUCCCGUGAGUUCGUCCGUCUAUGCGGGCUCGCUGUGGAUCCAUUUGGGCCGAGUUGUAUUCCGUCCGGGGCUGUACUAACGGCAAUCCUAGGGAUGAAACUGUUCUCCGAACCAACGGUCUUGAUGGCUACUUCUUCCUUCGUUAUCUCCGCAAAGCGCAGAUGGUUUGUUUUGUUGGAUGCUGUUUGACGUUCCCCAUUCUCUUCCCCUUGAAUGCUACCGGACAGGGCGGACAGACUGGGUUGGAUCUCUUGAGUUUCAGUAACUUGAAGGAUACGAAGGAAAUGUCCUAUAGGUACCUCGAACCGGUCAGUUGCAGUACAUGCGAGUUCUGGGCUAACACGAGCAAGGCUGUACGCCCAUGUCUUCAUUGGAUACAUUUUCUUUGGGUUUAUCCUGUUCACGGUUUAUCGAGAGCUCAUCUACUACACCACCCUCCGACAAGCCUACAUGCUUUCUCCCCUCUAUUCCACUCGUAUCUCUGCGAGAACUCUCCUCAUUACCACCAUCCCGGAAGCCUAUUUGACUGAGACCGCUUUGAAGAAGGUGUUUGAGAAGGUCAAGCGUAUCUGGAUUAACACGGAUACCGAGGAACUCGAGGAAUUGGUUCAGGAGAGGGACGAAAUUGCGUCCAAGCUUGAGGCUGCUGAGGUUGCGCUGAUCAAGACCGCUGAUGCUGCGAGACGUAAGGGAAACCCUGACCAGGAUCCCCCAGAGGAUGAAGGUGAAGCUGGAGGUGAGAGUGGAAGUGUUGCGGCCAGAUGGUUGCAUAGGAAGAAGAGACCUUCGCACAAGCUGAAGCCGAUUAUUGGGGAGAAGGUAUGACGGGGUGUUUUCGGUCGCGCUUUUAUUGCCGUGGCUUGCUAACGUGCUCGAAAUAGGUUGACACAAUUGAUUGGUGUCGUGGGAAGCUUGCUGAACUGAUUCCCGAAAUUGAAGAGCUGCAAGCAAUCCAUAAGAACGGGGAAGGAGUCAAGCUUAACUCCGCAUUCAUUGAAUUCACUUCGCAAUCCGCCGCACAGGUUGCUCUCCAGGUUCUUGCUCACAACCAGCCUCUCCACAUGGCCCCGCGUUAUAUCGGGAUCACUCCUGGUGAGAUCAUCUGGUCGAACCUUAAAUUGCAAUGGUGGGAGAGGCUUGUCAAGGUCGCCACAACUACCGCUGCUGUUUCUGCUCUCGUUAUAUUCUGGUCCAUUCCUGUUGCCGUUGUUGGUGCCAUCUCCAACAUCAAUUAUCUUACAACGAAGGUUUCUUUCCUGAGUUUUAUCAAUGACAUUCCGCCCGAGAUCUUGGGUCUUAUCACCGGUCUUCUUCCGGUAGUUUUGUUGGCCGUUUUGAUGGCGCUCUUGCCCGUUGUGCUCAGGCUCUUGUCAAGAAUUGCUGGUGAACCAUCGCAUUCCAACGUGGAGCUCAGGGUCCAGAACAUGUACUUCGCCUUUCAGGUUAUCCAGGUCUUCCUCGUUACUACAAUGUCAUCUGCUGCAUCUUCAGUCGGUGCUCAGAUCGCCGAGGAUCCUAUGUCUGCUACUUCCAUUUUGGCAAACAACAUUCCCAAGGCAUCAAACUUCUACAUCUCAUUCAUGAUCCUGCAAGGACUGGCUAUCUCGUCUGGUGCUUUGCUCCAGAUUGUUGGAUUGAUUCUCUAUAAGCUCCUUGGUAUGCUGCUUGAUAACACUCCUCGCAAGCAGUGGCGUCGCUGGUCCAGCCUUUCGGGCCUCGGAUGGGGAACGGUCUUCCCCGUUUACACCAACAUUACUGUCAUCGCUAUCACCUACUCCAUCAUCGCACCUCUGGUUUUGGGCUUCGCGGUUGUGGGUCUUGGGCUAUUGUACUUUGCCUAUCGUUACAACUUCUUGUUUGUCUACAAUGUCGAUAUUGACACCAAGGGACUUGUUUAUCCCAGAGCGUUGUACCAAACUCUCACCGGCGUUUAUCUUGCAGAAGUUUGCCUGAUUGGUCUAUUCGCUAUCCGCAAAGCCAUCGGACCCUUGGUUCUUCAGGUCGUUUUCCUUGUCUUCACCAUCCUCUUUCAGCUUUCUCUCUCCUCUGCCGUGGAACCACUUCUUAAGUUCCUCCCUAAAAACCUUGAAAAGGACGAAGAGGGACUCAUGUCGGUUGAGGAUGGUGCGGACGACGCUGAUGGUGGAUACGAGGUGGAAGGUUCGGCUGGCCCUGCCAAGAUUGGCGCCUCAAAAGAAGUAUGCUAUCCCGGGGAUGCCAAGGGGGUGCGGGCAAAGCCUGGUGGAUUUCUCGCUCGAUUCAUGCAUCCGGAAACAUAUUACUCGUACGCCCACAUGCGCAAGGUUAUUCCUCAAGAUUAUCCCGAGGUUGUGUACGGCCCCGAAACCGAAAAGGAGGCGUAUUUCAAUCCCGCGGUUACCUCCAGACCGCCUAUUCUCUGGGUCCCAAGAGAUGAGGGUGGUGUCUCCAGACAAGAGGUUGCUCAUACUAGCGGUGUGAUUGGGAUCUCUGAUGGAGGUGCUAUCGUCAACGAGAAGAGUAAAGUCUGCUGGGUCGAGGGUGAGAUGCCCCCUGACUGGGAGGAGAAGCCGCUCUAUUAGACAUGAUUCUGUGGACUCCUCGGUUCCUUGUCCAUUCCGUUUUGAUUUUAAGCUGUGCUGUCUGUAUUUUACACCUGUUCUUCGUUUGUUUAUUUUUUGGAUGCUUUGGCAAGGUGCUGUUGAAGUGGUGGGACUCGGGUUGUAUUCGUUUCCUAGCAUCUUUUAUCGCUUGAAGGUUGAUUCCGGUUCCAUCUACCCUUUAUUUUAUUUUUCUCUUCUAGUACACAUGUAUUGUUUCACGAAGCAAGCAGUAAUUUUUUUGGUAGGUAACGGGGUCGGGGAUCUCUAGAUGGGAGUAAUAGCGUGGAAGUUUCUCUCUUGUUCUAGCGAGCAGGCGGAAAGAGUGGCAGUCCUAAUACCUAGUGUUUAUCUUACGAACAGAAUUUUAUGAGUUUACGAGGGCUCUUUCUCUUC